GCACCUCUCAACCUUCACUCUUCCACUCUGUACUCUACAGACUUUUACCUCUCUCCACACAGUGAAAACGAAGACCAGCCGCUUUCACGCCAUAGCCUUUUCAGUGCCUCCAGCUUCAAUAUACACACACAUACACAUAGUACUGUGUGUAUAUGUGCACUGUGUGUAUAGACUAUAUAGUACCGUCGGUUUAGAGAUUGUUCCUUUUUGUAAAUGGUGGUUCUUUUGGUUGUGAUUUGAUUUGAUUAUGAUGGAAGUCUUUUUCUUUCUCUCUCCUGUCAGUUCUGCUUAGAGAGAGAGGAGAGAGAGACUGUGGUGAUUGUACAGUGCUAGUGUGAUAAUUAUUGGGAUUUUUCCCUAUCUGUAUAGGGUUGUUUCUGUUCAGGCUUUCUAAAGGAGGUCAGAGUUUCAUGUAGUUUUUGUGAAAGUUGCUUACUCGGAGCAUCUCAUGCUGUUUUUGGAUCACAAUGUGACUCGAGAAUGAGAGAGAAAGUGAUUGAUUUUGCAAAUUGGAAAUGAGAUCAUCAAUCAAUAGAAUAUAAGAUUAAUCAAUCAAUGCCCGCUGGUUUGAGGGAACUAGGGUUUGUUGAUUGAUUUUCGGGGGACUUUUUUGAAUCUGGGGUUUGCGAAUUGAUUGAUUUGAAGAGGAUUGUUGGUGUGUAGUGUUUUUUCGAAGCAGAGCUGAAAUAAUUGAAUCUAGGGUUAUCAUUUGGAUUUUGCUCGAGAGAUGAAUGAUACUACAGGGAAAACGGCGUCGUGUUUGGCCAUUACGGAGAAGAAGCCUCACAGGCCAGGUGGUUGUGUGGGCAUCUUCUUUCAGCUCUUCGAUUGGAACCGGAGAUUCGCCAAGAAGAAGCUCUUCUCCAAGAAACUGCUUCCACCAGCUCGAGCAAAGCAAGCUUCGAAGAAGUUUGGAGGAGAUGAGAAGUUAACCAAGCUUCGUCUGAUUGCUCAUGAAAACAGUGGGGGUUUCCCACAUGUGAAGAAAAACGGGACUCGAAGUGUUGAUGUUGAGCAAAAUCAUGAAAUCCGAUCUCCCAAUUUGGUUGCUAGGCUUAUGGGUUUGGAAUAUAUGCCUGCUGUAGAACAAGAUAAGUCGAACAAAGCUUCAUUUUCUGGAUUUGGCAAUGAUAUGGAGGAGAAAUUCUUGAAUGAUCAUAGUGGGUUUAUUAAGGAAGAUCUGAAUUUUGAGAAGGGAAAUUCGAAGAAUGAAUUGAGGCCUCAGAAGCUUCAGAAGACAGGGUUGUUUGAAAGGCGACCGGUGACUAGAUUUGGGGCUGAGGCAUUGCAGUUAAAGAGUGUUUUGUCGCGGUCUAGAAAGCAUCAUCCUAAACUUGCUUCUCCUGUGAAGAGUCCAAGGAUGGUAUCUGGGAGAAAUGCCCCUAGGAAAUCUCGGUUGUUUGAUGCUGCAGCUAAAAUUUUGGAACCUGGCUUGCAAGCUACAAGUAGGGCAAAAUGUGCUCUUACUUAUUUGAAUACCACACAUCAUGCUCCCGGAAAUGACAUCAUGUUGGAGGAAACAAUAGCUCUAUCACUGGAUCCGUCAAAAGGUUCCAGUCAUUGUGCAAGUGCAGCCAAGUCACUGAAGGGCCAGCAUUCCUGCAAAAAUUGUGGCAAUUUGGUAGAUAUUGUGGACUCUCGACCAAAUGUGGGGGAACAUCCAUCAGUAUUUGCUUCCACUGUCUCAAAUCAUGUCAAUCCUUCUCCGCAAGGGUUAGAAAGGAGUCAGCUGAGACAUCCUGUAUCCUCCCUUGAGCAAGACACAGAGAGAAUUUUUCAGAAAAGUAGGGAGCAAUCUGAAUCUCAUGCUUCACGAGCAAGGAACAAUAUGCAAACUCAUUCUGAACCAAUACCAAAUAGAAAGCCUCUUAAUCAAGAUGGCCGAAGUCAGCGGCAUCUUACAAGCCAACAGUGCAAGCCUCAAAAUGAUGUAUCAUCUUCUAUUGGUUUUAAGCACAAGGCACGAAGGGAAAAUCACAUGCUGCAAGGCAGGGAUAGUGUUCCACAAAGGGCAAAAUGUAGUAAUCUGCACAGCAACAGAGUCUCAUCUGCUGCAAAUGCUGUUAAUGAGACCAAAGAUUUUGUUGCUUUAAACCGAAGUUUAAGUGGUCGUACCCGGACUAGGAUACCUGUCAAUGUGGAUAAUUGCAAGUUCAAUGCAGAUAGAAAAUCUGGUAACAGGCGAGAUGAUCCAUUAUUACCAUUGCAGAAGAGGAGGUCCUUGAAUGUUGGUAGACAAGGUGGAAGUCCUGGUUUCAUCACUUCCACCUUGGGAAAACAAAGAAAUGUUAGUUGUGAUGCAGUGGCUGGUAAAGGGGUGGGACUUCAUUCUCACUCAACGAACUGCACUAGCAUUGAAAGCAGAUUGAGCCGUCUGGGAGAGAGUAAAAAAUUUGGUAGUAAUAAGGACAAUGCUGUUAUUUCAUUCACAUUUAGUGCCCCAAUUAAGCACAAGAACGAAAUCCCCACAGAAAUGGAAGAGAAAAGAAGGGAUCAAAAUGCAGUUGCUUGUAAUAGUACUCCGCCACAAAGUUCAAAAGUGGAUGAUAGAGAUGAAAAGACAUGCUUACAAAGACCAUUUCCGCUGAGGGGAGAUACUUUAGGUGCCAUUCUAGAACAAAAAUUGAAGGAAUUGACUUGCCAACAAGAGGAUGAGUUGUCAUCCAGAGAUACUCUACCAAAGAAAACCACUGCUAUGAUUCUCCAAGAGCUAAUAUCUGCCUUGACUGCAGAGAAGCCGGUUUCUCAGGAUGGUGCGGUUGUUGGAUCUAACCAGAAAGAUGUUUCAUGCUAUGGUGGUCAUAUGUUGAAAUCUAAUAUGACUUUCCAGGCUAAAAUGAAGACAAUGGGGGCUUCAGUCGGGUAUUCACGUGACUAUGAUCAUCUCAGUCCAGGGUCUGUACUUGAAGCUUCCUUUUCAAACGAUAGUUGCUUUUCCAGUAGUCUUGAUGAUAAUUCAGGACAUAAACUCCAUCACGACUCAAUGGAUUGCUCCUAUGAUGAAUCACAACUGUUAGAGCCUGAUGCAGAUCUUUUGGAUUCUGCAACUUCAUUAAGCAAAGGGAGGAGUUGUACAGUUUUUGUGACUGAUCUCACUAACCAUAUUUCUGAAGUAUUAUACAGUCUCAACAUUGCGGAGGCCAGAUUAAGUGGAAGCAAGCUCGUCCAUGCAAAGGAGGUAAUCUUGAGUGCUGAACUGGUAUUUGGAAACAUUGCUCCACAUAAUUCAGAUGGAAUCGAAGAGUUUUCCAUAUGCCGCUUUCUUCUAGAUGAACUGGAAACUCUUGCUGGUUUCUUAUGGACAAAUUCUAGUUGCUUUCUCGGUUUGAAGGAUGCCAAAGAGGGGAAUCUAGUUAAGGGGUUUGUUUUUGAUUGUGUGAUGGAGUAUCUAGACUCAAGAUACGAUCGAUACUCUAAAUCUGGGUUCAGGGCAUGGACAAGAUUGCCAUUAUGCAUGGAUGCUGCAAUGCUGAUUCAUAAGGUUGUCGAGGAGAUCAGAAAGUGGACAGAUUUAGCUGGGUUGAUUCCAGAUGAGCUAAUAGAGAGGGAGAUGAGUCAUUCCUUGGGGAAAUGGACAGAUUUUGAGAUUGAAGAAUUUGAAACCGGUGCCGAAAUCGACGGUGACAUACUCCAGAUAUUGGUUGAUGAAGUUGUGAGAGACCUUUGGGAUUGCAGGUUGAGGGUUCCUCUGGAUUCUUGUACAGCCCCUUGUAAUUCUUAAGCUUCUUCGAGCACCGGUAAUCCACAAGCUACAAUUAAAUCCCUUAUUGUGUUGAUUCAAACAAGAUUAAUCUACUUUUUGUACAAGUUGAUGGAUUUAAAACUCUUUUAAUUCCAUACUGUAUGUUAUUUAUGGAAGCUAUUCUGAGUUUGUGACGAA